AACCGCCCGAAUCUGUGUUUUGAAUUUCCAGUCGUUUAGCCUUAUGUCAAGUUGGUGUUUUCUCUGGUUCAAUACUUUAACUGCAUUUCUAUCUCUAAAUAUAGAUAAACGCCGUCAAUCUUGUUUUAUGCGUUAUCUAUAACUGUAUCAUAUUAUAUUAAUCCCGUUACAAAUAUGGAAUCCGAGUGCCGGUAUUACAAUUGGGACGAUUUGGAAGUGGGUCGAUUCGACUUGAACCAUUCAGAAAAGUUUUUUACUCGCAAACAUAAGAAGCACGAGAGAAUCGACGGUGACUCUUUGGAUUCCCCCUUCGAAAUGGAAGAAAGGAACAGGGAAAAUCGUUCGAAGCCAACUAGACAUAAAGAAAACCAAUCUCCGGUAAAAGCGAAAUACGUGAGCCCCGCCGUGAGAUCACAUAAGCCUGGAAGCAAUUCGAAAAGCUCUAAAGACACAAAAUCGGUUCCAAGCAAUAUCCUCCGCCAGCCGUUGCUCAGUAGAAAUCAGUUGCAAGCGGCUGCAGCCGCUACUCAGCCUGUGCCAUCUGUAGUUAAAUAUAAAGAUAUAUAUGAAAAGAAGCGGCAGCUCAUGGUGCAAAGGACAUUGGAAGAGGAGAAAAAGAAACGGAUUUUCAAAAGCAAACCAGCACCGAAGUUUUCAAGUGAGCCUAAACCACGGAAACCGGCAGACACGUCAGGACCCAAAAUAACAACACCAAUUACGCCAAUGGUGAUGAAACACUCGAAAGAGAUGGAGGAGAAGAGGAGGCGGCGUAUUGAAGAAUAUCAGAAACGUAAUGAACCGCCAAAAUUUGUUAGUCGAGAACCUCACGUUCUCUACGAGGAGCCAUUCAAACCGCAAAGGCUGGAGCAAUGUAUUGAACCCGAACCAUUUAAUUUACACGUGGAAAAACGCCUGGAGGAGCGGAAACAGUACGACAAGCAGAUCAAGGAGAAGACCGAGGAGAAGAAAAGACAGGUAUUCGAUGAAGAAUAUGAACGUCAGAAACACGAAGAACGGCUCGUUCGGGAAAUUAGGAAAAUGACAACUUUUAAGGCGCGUCCGAAUCCUUUUAAAUGAUUCGCUAGUUUCUGUCUAGUUUAGUGAGAAGUCUCCAAGUAACUUAUUUCAGCAUGCAAACGCCUCUUUUAUUUACGAGUGAGUUACGAUUGUUCAUUUUAUUUCCUAUGCAUACGUUUUAAUUAGUGUUGUGAUUGCACAAAAAUAGUUGUUAUGCGUUAUUGAUAAAAUAAAUAUAUAGGACUGAGAAGAAAA